AUGCGUGAAGCUUUUCCAAGUCUUCCAUUUGAUACCAUUACCGAAGAGAAGCUACUACUAGCGGUCCCGCAAUCGACGGCACAGCGCGACGACCACGACCACGACCGGCCUGGCGUGGAGCUGACGAUAAUCGGCGCAAAGAUAAUAAUUAAUCGUGAGGGCGAAACAAUUAAGCAAACAUUGGUGGAUAACGAGCACGAGCAGCCGAAGCACCGGAAGAAUGCUGUACUUGAUACUGACGACACAGCGCAAAGCCACGUUGGCCAUCUGCCAGCAGCAGUCCUCUCGGCAGCAGCAGCACCAGCAGGGGUGGCCCCAGCAGCAGUGGCAGGAUCAGGAGGAGGGGCAGGAACAACAACGGCCACGACGGCGGCUGCUACGGCGGCGGCGGCGACGGCGGCCACGGCCUCCGUCAGCUCGUCGUCGUCCGCGGCGCAUCAGCAGCACUCGGUGGCUGCGUCGGCCUCCGCGGCCGCAGCCACCUUCUCCACCACCGCAGCCACCUCCAUUGCCAGCGGCGGGCCCGCACUAGCCUCCGCCACUUCGGUGCCGUUCUCGGGCGAGCUGGAGGAGCUCCAGAACAUCCUGCACUUUCCCGAGGAGGUCGCGCUCCGGAUCACCGACAUGGAGUACCAGCUCUUCUACCAGGUAUCACCGGUGGAUUUUAUUAACGACGCCAUACACGAGCUGCAAAAGGAACGCUGCGGUGUUGGCGGUGGUGGAGGUGGAGGUGGAGGUGGAAGGGAAGGAAGUGUUGGUGGCGGUGGGCCACAACACAUCCCGUCGUCCCAGUGUAGCUUUAUAUCGUCACUGAAUCCCAUACGCAAACGAUUCGAUGAGACCAGCGCGUGGACCAACUAUAUUGUCCUCUCACAAGGUACACAAGACGAACGAAAAGCGGCCUUUGCAUGUCUGUUGCGUGUUGCUAUUUCAUGCUGGAAUAUCGGAAACUUCAAUGGUGCUAAAGAGAUAGUGGAUGGUCUAAAAUCAAUCAAAAAAGAGGCAUUCUGGACGCUGGCCACGGAUCGAACGGGCCGGAACACGGUGUACGAGUUUCUGACGACCGUUUUCGAUAGCUUCGAGUAUGAUAAUGCGGUUACGAGGGCGCUGGCGAUACCGACGUGCCGCAUGAUACCGUACUUCCGGAACCACGUCGACGAGAUCAAAACGUUGCUACUGACCGUCCCGCAGUCCACGGCGGCCCCGGAUGGCGGUUCGGAGAACCCGGUGGAGAAGUACUUCCUGGGCGAGGCGAAACCGUUACCGCUGCGGGAGGACGAGGAGUUUGUGGCGAAGCUGUUGCCGCUGGUGCUACCGAUAGAUAUCCGUUCCCGGACGCCGGUGCCGGAGGAUCAAUCGUGCCGGACGCCACCGGACAUUCCCUCGGACGAAUCGACCGAACCGCUGCUCCUUCCCGACGAGCACGGUGGACCCGAAGGGGAAGAAAGGAGCGACGAGAUGGGCGGCGAGGAAGAAUCGCUCGAGGAUCUGCUGGAGCAGACGCGACUACGAACGGACGCAGCCGUCAGCAGGCUAACGACGUUCAUCGAACACCACGACCAGCUGUGCCGGGAGUUGCCGCACAGCCUGCUGGAGUACCUCCGGGCCGCGGCCAACAGUCCGCGCCAAACGAAGACCCCGCUCUACAUCUACCAGCCGUCGAACCUGCAGGAACAGGAAGAGGACUACGAGGUGGAGAUCGGGAACUACAACCCGGUGCAGCCGCUGUUCUACGAUCACGGCAUCAGCAUUAUACCGCUGUCAUCGAAACAAACCAACGCCAUCGAUCAUCACAUACUGCAGAUUUUACACCACGGGACGACGUGCGUGCUGUGGGAGCCGGAGACUCCGUCGGAUCGAUCGUCGUUCGUCUACCUGCGCCUGGAGCGGUCCUGUUCGUUCGUGUCGUGGCAGAAAACUGCCUGGCGACGCAUCAAAUCCCAGCACGACUUUAGCCUUAAUGUCAACCCGGAGGAGAUAGUGGCGUGGAAGUUUGCCAAUCGCUAUGCAUCGAACGUCGGCGAGCUCGAAGGCCAGUGCCAGAACCUGGACGAGGGCAUGCUGGACCUCGGCACGAUCAAGGAGAUCAACAUGGGCUCGCGGAACCACGAGUACGACGCCGAGAUACUGGCCGCCGGCAAGCGCUUCGGCCUUACGCACGUCGAGUGCUGCGUCACGCUGCUGUACGGGAAUUCGGCCAGCGAAAACCGGAUACUUUGCAUCCUCUGCCCGCCGAUGCUGUGCCGGGCGUGGUACGUCGGGCUGAACUGGAUGCUGCGGGGCAUCCGGCGCCAGCAGAUACUCAUCGACCGCUCGAUGCUGUGGCUGAAGGAGCUCUACAUCCAGCUGUACUUCGAGGAGGGUGCCUGCAGCGAACCGACGGUUGCCGAUGCCAUUAAAGCGUUCGGUGGCCGUUGUUAUGGCCUUUCGUCGAUCAAGUCCUCCUCGGGUACGCAGAUCAAUGACGCGAGCGAAACGUCGUCGAUGACGAAGAAGGAUU